CUCAGUAGGAACAAAACAGACUCCUGUACUUUUUCACCUACUGAAGUUCUAAGGAAGACGACUACUAAAGUCAAAGAUUUUCAUGGAUGGAGAGUGGCUGCAGUACAAUAGUGGUGUGCACAAUGAGUUUGACCUCUUCAUGACAAGCAAACACAACCACCUAUUCCAGGACAACCAUAGUGAUGAGAUGGAUGGUCUGCAUGAAGCCACUAGUGUCGUGGGAAACACUGAUGAUGCCAACGUUGUUGCUGCAGACCACAAUAACAACGAUGGAGAGACUCAUAGUGAGCAGAAAAUGGCUAAAAGUGUGUUCCGGGACUGCCCUUAUCCAGAUGAGAAACUUCGGAAGGACCUUAGCGAGAGGCUUGGCAUGAGUGCCCAGCAGGUCAAGUUUUGGUUCCAAAACAAACGCACCUUCAGUAAGGGCAAGAUGCAACGGUGGGAGACCCAAAAUCAUUGGGUAGAAAAUGAGAGGCUAAAAACUGAACAUCAAGCCAUCAUGUUGGCUAUGCAAAACAAGACUUGCCUCAAAUGCAGAGGGGUGAUGGUACAAACUCAGGAUACCUCGGAGCGCCAACGCCUAUACACCGAGAAUAUGAGGCUCAAGGAAGAACUCCUACAUGCCACUACCUAUCUUAAAGAAGGUCUUCGCCGAAAUGGCAUGUCGCUCCCACGGGCCCGCAACUGACCAUACCAUCUUCAAUCUUAGCCAAUGUUAAUUAUUCCGCAUGAACUAUAGUUUUACUUGGUUCGUCAGCUAGCAAAUAACGCGACAUGUUGCAUGUGUAUGUACAUGACUUGUUCGCUUGUUUAUUUAUUUCCAUAGGCUCUCAUGGUUGCUACAUGGGAUGGCACGAGAUAUGGCAAUCAUGGCAUCAAUGUAGGGGCAGUAGGAUGAGCAGCUUUGGGAUGGCAUGGCCGUGAAGCUCGGUCCAAUGCUCAUCUUUGUCUCUUUGAGUUUGUAACAAAACAUA